GUGACUAGUACAAAUGUGAUAGCAGCAUCAUACACACAAAUAAGUGUGAAUAACUAUUUAACUCUAUGUGAAGUGGAAAUAUAUGGUGACCACCAGUGCUUUAAUCAAACAUUCGGACUGGAAUGUAGGAGUGCAUGUAACUGUAUGAGUGGACAAGAAAAUUGUUUGGUAGCCACUGGUGGGUGUGCGUCCGGCUGUGCAUUAGGCUAUCACGGAGAAGGUUGCACGCGAGAAUGUCAGAACCACACAUAUGGGUCUGACUGUAUGUACAACUGUUCAACGAAUUGUCCGAAUUCCGAAUGUAACAAAACAUACGGUCAUUGCUUCAACUGUACAGCAGGAUAUCGCGGGGAGUUUUGUAACAUCACAUGCGACAAACAACAUUUGGACCUAACUGUGUGAACAAUUGCUCAUUAAAUUGUGAAAACUCUGAAUGCAAUGGUACAAGUGGCCUAUGUAACAGAUGCAAAUGGGGAUAUCAGGGAGAGUUCUGUAAUAAACCUUGUGACGACAGCCACUAUGGGUCUAACUGUAUCAGCACAUGCUCACCACAUUGCAAAGAACAAAAAUGUGACAAAGUUACAGGUCACUGCAACACUUGUAUAGCUGGAUAUCUUGGCGGCUACUGUAAUAUAACAUGCCCUAACCAGUAUUAUGGGGCUUUCUGUGCCCAGACCUGCUCGAAGAACUGCCAGAACUUUGAAUGUAACUCAGCGCAUGGAGCUUGCUACAGCUGUAGUGCAGGAUAUCGUGGAGAUUUCUGUAAUAUGUCGUGCGACACCAAUCACUACGGCCCAAACUGUGUCAACAACUGUUCAACAACCUGUGUCGGCUCUUCGUGUGACGCGACAACCGGACACUGCCAUAGCUGUAUCCAAGGUUACCGGGGUCAGUUUUGUCAAGAGGCACACGAUAGGUUGGCAGAAGGCGUCGGCAUCGGUAUAGGAACCAUGUGUGUUGUCAUCGUUAUAGUCUUAGCAGUGGUCUGUAUUGUACGUAGAACAGCGUGUUCAGCUACAAGUAAUGGGAACAGCCGGGAUGAGCAAACAGGAAACCGCAACGUCAGAGAAAGCAGUCAGACUGUUUAUAAUGAAAUGGAUGCGGCACCACCCGCUGUUGAAUUGAAUGCUUAUGAUUACAUCGGUAAAGACACGACACCUUACGACACAUUACAUAAAGAGGAUAAUGAGAAAUCUCAAUACGAGGCCGUAUCUAUGACAACCAUGAACACCUGAACGUACUUUGGAAAAAGUUAAUUGUUUUAGUUAUAGUUCACGUUUGUCAUUUAAUAUUUACAGUGAUGGUUAGAUAUUUUCAAUUGUAAUUUUUUUUACAACUAUGUUUAC